AUGCCGCUUGAACCUAAGAUUCAGCAGGUCUUUCGGUACCGCUGUGAAGGUGAUGAGCAUCCGCAAGUGGAGGAAGUGUCGGAGCUUCCCGGUCACAACAUGGGCGUAUCGGACAUUGCUGUGAACUCAGUCGGAACAACGGUUGGAGGGAAGACCAUCGACAUCGGCGAUAUUGAUCACAUCGCGAUCCUUACUCGCGAGGCCGGUCGCUACAAUGUUCUCAUCUCCGUUGGGUCAGCUGGUGGGAAGAUCCACUUCACCGACUUGGCCACUGACGCUUCCUCGGACACGGGUGGACGAGGGACCAAGCGCCCCGUACGUCGACUCAUCCCCCCAGUCGAUUGUCUCUAUCGCGGAGCUAAAAAGACCUAUCUCGGCUGUGUUACGGCGAUGCAGUUGUCUGAGGAUGGUUCUUACUUGGCUUAUGGGACUUCGAGUGGGUACGUGGGUGUCGCUCGCCUCGUAUGCGAUGUCGAGGAAAGCAGUCUGCGGCUUGAGUGUGAGCUCAGAGGAGUCCUCAGAUGUCGCGAGUAUCGGGCUAUCUGGUGGAUGAGAGUGGAGAGAGGAGCAGUGGUUCGAAGAGUCGAAAGACUAGAAAUCCCGCAGUCCUCGGACGGGACAGUGCAAAGCCAUGAGCUCCCCCUAGGGCCCGAGGGCUGGGCGGAUGACCAACCCGAGCCUAGUACCGUCAAUUUCUUGGAUCUCCGGUCGAAAGGAACCCUAAAGCUUUCCCCAGUGACAAUCUGUGGAGUGGCUACAGCUGCUCUGAAGACUCCUCCUGCCUCGUGGCACGACUGUGCGAUAGUUGCCCUGCCGAAUGGGAGUAUCGAGAUUUACCGACAACGCGAAUGCUCUCCUCCUGAGAUGCCGGAGUUGCCUAUUGAGGUCGAAGGCGGCGUCUUUGAUAUGUUUAAAUCAGCAGCAUCACAACAUCGUCAGUUGAAUGUUGCAGAGAAUUGGAAUCAAGAGUUGUUGACCAAACACUAUGAGGAGCCUCCCCCAGCAACAACUGCCGCUACGCAAGGAGGAAACGCCACAAGACCUGAUGAUGUUGAAAUGGAGGGCGUGGACGGAGGGAAGCCCUCAGGACCUGUCGAGGCGACAGGACCAUCAUCGCCUUUGAUCACGUCAACACAGCCUAUGUGGACUAAGGAGCGUGCAACAAGACUGAGGAAGAAGCAAGAACGGCUCUCCCAAGAAGCUAACGCGUAUGAUACCAUCAGGAUGUGCUAUAGACGAGGUUUGGAAAAGUUGGUAUAUAACGGGGAGAUUAGUAAGGACACAGCGAGCCGAUGGGCUAAGAUAGAUGCUCAGCUCGUGGAGUUGCAGUCGAGGCCUCGACAGUUGAUGGUACACGAUGCUCGGCAAAGGAUGUUCCAACACUAUAUAAGGGAGCACUUCCCGAAGAAGCCUCUUGAGAAGGAGUCUGAGGAGGACUAA